AUGAUAGCAGCAUACAAAAACUCAGUUUUGGAGGCGCACGAGCCGCCUAGCGACUGCAGGCGACAGCCACGAGGCUCGAUCCAGGAGCCGCCGCUGCCACCGCCUCCGACGGAGGAUCCUCCACGCAGGUGGCGGUGGUUCCCCCUACAUGCGGCCACUCUACCUUCCCAGUCGCAGUCCUGCCACAACACGCCAGCGCGGACCCUGCCGCAGUGCUGCCAACAAGCCUGGGCCGGGCGUCCCUCGUACCGCCAGGUGGCCCGCUUCUUCGCGCUCUUCGUGCUGACGGUGCUUGCGUGGGCCAUCGCCUACAGCAUCGCCGGACCACACGCGGCUCCAGGCGGACAACUGUUCGGGCUGGCGGUGCUGGUCCUGGGCGCUCACCUUGGCGGACAGUUGGCAGCCCUGCUGAGGUUGCCCAGUCUGCUCGGGAUGAUGCUCGUGGGCAUGGCUCUGCAGAACCUUCACCUGAUCGACCUGGGUGGAUCUUACACAUACGUCUGCGCCGUGCUCAGGCACUUGGCGCUGGUGAUGAUACUGGUCCGCGCUGGUCUAGAUUUGGAGGCGCCAGCGCUGCGCCGGCUGGCGCCACACGUGGUCAAGUUGGCAGCCCUGCCCUGGGCUGUGGAGUGCACGGCUGUCGCUGCCACGACACACUUCCUGCUGGGCCUGCCCUGGAUGUGGGGCUUCCUCGUGGGGAGCGCUGUGUCGGCGGUGGCGCCUGCCGUGGUGGUGCCCAGCCUGCUGCGACUCCGUGCUCGCGGCUACGGGGCCGCCAAGGCCAUCCCCACGCUCAUCAUCGCCGUCUCCGCCAUCGACGACGGCGCCUCUGUCGCCAUCUUCGGCGUCAUCCUCAGCGUCAUCUUUUCGGAAGGUGGUCUGGCGUUCCGCAUCACACAGGGCCCCGCCUCCAUUCUCGGUGGUGUCGGCUUCGGCGUGCUGUGGGGGCUGUUGGCCCGGUGGGUCCCAGAGAAGGACGACCCGCUGGUGGUGCCUCUGCGGGUGCUGCUGCUGCUGUGUGGGGGCGUGGCCGCGGUGUUCGGCAGCGAAGCGCUGGGCGUGCCCGGCGCCGGGUCGCUGGGCUGCCUCACCGCCGCCUUCGUGUCGGGCAUCUCCUGGGAGGCGCUCGGCACGCGACCGGAGGAUAACCCAGUUGCUACAGCCUUUGAAAUAUUUUGGAUAAUAUUCGAACCGGCGCUGUUUGGAAUAACAGGUACCCAGAUAAAAUUUGAGGAAUUAACGGGAAACCUCGUUUCACUGUGCGUAGCCUGUAUCAUCACAGCUAUGGUGGUACGAAUACUGGCAACAAUGCUCUUGGGAAUUGGCAGUAAACUAAACCUCAAGGAAAAAAUUUUUGUCUCUUUAUCCUGGAUGGCGAAGGCUGCUGGUCAGGCCGCUCUGUGUUCACAAGCACUUCUCAAGGCAAAGGGUCCCGGAGGCUCAGAAGAGGAGGUUCGCUACGGGAAGUUAACUGAGCUCUUGUGCGUGCUGUCCAUCGUAAUUGCGGCACCACUGUGUGCCAUCAGCAUCAUCGUCUCUGGCCCUCACCUUCUGAAGAAGAUGGACACACCACCUCCAGAAACCUGGAGUAAGAGUGCACGGCCUUCAAUAAUGAUUAUGUCAAUAGCUGAAAGUGAAGAGGCACCACGUCCAGAAACUUGGAGUAAGAGUGCUAGGCCGUCAAUAAUGAUUGUGCCUAUAGCCGAAAAUGAGGAAGAGCAACAAGGAGAAGGGAAAGUUAGGAAGAGGGUGUCAAUAGACAACAAUGCCACAUCUGUGACCUAG